CUCGAACCACCGCUAUUCCUCCACAGUUCGGCGAUCGUGAUGCGUUUGGUACCUCGAGAGGAAGCUAAACUGUUGCUCCACCAGACUGGUUUCUUGGCACAGAAACGGCUUGCCCGUGGUGUGCAGCUAAAUCAGACCGAAGCUGUCGCUCUUAUUGCCUCUCAACUGCAGGAAUUCAUACGAGACGGUCGACACUCUGUGGCACAGCUGAUGCAGCUCGGCAAGGACUUGCUCGGGCGCAGGCAUGUCCUUCCCAGUGUGCCCAGCCUUUUGCAUGAGAUACAAGUCGAGGGAACAUUCCCAGACGGAGUGUUUCUCGUCACCGUGCACGAUCCCAUCUGCACGGAUUCUGGCAAUCUGGAGAAUGCGCUGUAUGGAUCGUUCCUACCCGUACCUUCGAAUAAUCUCUUCCCGAUCAUCGACAUAUCUGAAUACGCCCGUGAGAAGCUACCUGGAGCCAUUGUGUCGCGCCCAGAAUCCGUCGUGCUCAACAAGGGCAGAGAGCGCAUUCAGUUGCGCGUGACGAACACUGGGGAUCGACCUAUUCAGAUCGGCUCCCAUUACCAUUUUAUCGAAACCAAUUCCGCCUUGUCCUUCGACCGUGGCAAGUCGUAUGGGAAGCGUCUCGACAUCGCAGCAGGGACGGCUGUCCGAUUCGAGCCAGGGGAUGUCAAGACCGUCACGCUAUGCUCGAUCGCAGGUGGCAAAAUCAUCUCUGGUGGCAAUCGCUUGGCGUCCGGCGUGUAUGAUCUGUCACGGACUGACCAGAUCGUGAGCGCUCUGAUCCAGAAAGGCUUCGGCCACACGCCAGAACCCGGCGCCUUGGAAAUCACUGCGGAUACAGAGAUUAGUCGCGAGGCAUAUAUCUCGAUGUUUGGACCCACGAUCGGGGACAGAGUUCGUUUGGGAGACACAUCUUUAUGGAUCGAGGUCGAACAUGACGAGACUGUUUAUGGUGACGAGGUCAAGUUUGGUGGAGGGAAGACGAUUCGUGAAGGAAUGGGGCAAGCCACCAACCGCCCCUCGUCGGAGACGCUUGAUCUCGUUAUCACGAAUGCACUGAUCGUCGAUUGGUCUGGGAUCUACAAGGCAGAUAUCGGUGUCAAGGACGGAGUCAUUGUUGGCCUCGGAAAGGCCGGUAAUCCGGAUGUUAUGGCCAACGUCCAUCCCUCGCUGAUCAUCGGGUCUUCCACCGAAGUGAUUGCAGGCGAGAAACUGAUCGUGACUGCCGGGGCUAUUGAUGCCCACAUCCAUUUCAUCUGUCCUCAGCAGGUGGAAGAAGCCCUCGCAGCAGGCACGACCACGAUGGUCGGCGGCGGAACGGGGCCCAGUGCCGGGACCAAUGCGACAACAUGCACGUCCAGCGCUUUCUACAUGCGGCACAUGUUGUCGGCAACAGACGGUCUGCCGAUGAACUUUGCUUUCACCGGGAAAGGCAACGACGCGGGACCUCACGCGCUGGAGGACAUCGUCAAGGCAGGCGCCGCUGGACUGAAGCUGCACGAGGACUGGGGCACUACCCCUGCCACGAUCACCACUGCGCUGGACAUCGGGGAUAAGUAUGACGUGCAGGUCAACAUACACACUGACACGCUGAACGAGAGCGGCUUCGUGGAAAGCACAAUUGCUGCUUUCGGGGGCCGGACUAUCCACACAUAUCACAGCGAAGGCGCCGGUGGCGGCCACGCUCCUGACAUCAUUGUUGUCUGCGGACUUCCAAAUGUGAUUCCUUCCUCGACUAACCCAACCCGGCCGUUCACUCGCAACACGCUCGAUGAACAUCUCGAUAUGCUGAUGGUCUGCCAUCACCUCGACAAAUCGAUUCCUGAAGAUCUCGCAUUUGCGGAAUCUCGCAUCCGGGCAGAAACCGUUGCCGCCGAGGACGUAUUGCACGAUCGGGGUGCCAUUUCGAUCAUCAGCUCGGAUUCCCAGGCGAUGGGCCGAGUGGGGGAGGUGGUCAGCCGGACGUGGCGGACUGCCAGCAAGAUGCGCGAUGUUCGUGGGCCCCUGUCCGAGCUUGGAGAUCGGGAAGGUUGCGACAAUGGACGAGUCAAACGUUAUAUCGCCAAAUACACGGUCAACCCUGCGAUCGCGCAAGGCAUGAGUCACUUGGUCGGCCAAGUCUCCGUCGGAACUCUCGCAGACUUGGUGCUCUGGAAGCCAGAAAACUUUGGUUCCAAGCCUGAGAUGGUGCUCAAAUCAGGAGUUAUCGCGUGGUCGCAGAUGGGUGACGCUAAUGCAUCAAUCCCGUCGGUGCAGCCUUUCUUCGGCAAGCCGAUGUGGGGCUCGAAGCCGGCCUCGGCAGCAAUCAACUCUGUCGCCUUUGUGUCACACAUUUCGCUCGAGUCAGGCGCCAUCAGAUCUUACGGCCUCAAGAAACGCACGGAGGCAGUCAGGAACUGCCGCACCAUUGGCAAGAAGGACAUGAAGUGGAAUGAGGUCACCCCCAGAAUGACGGUGGACCCGGAGAGCUACGAGGUCCGUGCGGAUGGAGAACUGAUGGACGUCGCACCUGCAGACAAGUUACCCCUUGCGAGGGCCUAUAACCUCUUCUGAGCGUAAAUGAAGAAUUACAUGGUUGUCUGUACUGUACAUAUACAUCAAUGAAUCUUGGGUAUCUCCAAUCGCAUCUGAAUCGAUGCCUGUCGGCCGAUGUCACAGAAAGUUCCCUGAUCUCAAGGACGACUGGCCAGUAACCACCUUGUCAAUCUCGCUUCCAGUGGCUCGAUACCUGCACCUACGGGUGGUCAUCUAAACUGUGCAUCUAUAUCAGAUACAUCACAUCCAAUCAUCGACUGUCUGCCAGUGCCAGAGCCACUGCCUCGGCGUGUGCUCGUUUCUCUCAAUCACAGUCGGCGAAAGACUUAAAUAGAUGUGCUGCGCCUAGGUCUGUUACCCAUCCCUUGGUUCUCGUGCCUGCCUCUUGCCCCCCUCUCUCCAGUCAGCCAUCCCUACACCAUCCACGGGCACGACUGGAACCUCUCUCAGCAGCUGCAGCGCAGUUUACCGAGCAUCCGGAAGCUACCCGGACCGAUAUAUAAGCCGCCGCCUACCGCCUCAGUUCUAUACCGGCUUCUAUCAUGAGCAGCCGAGCUGGAGGACGGCAAGCCAUGUCGGAGCUCAAGCUCCGUCGUGUGCUCGAACACAAUCAGCGCCUGCGAGAAGACCUGACGCGGCCGAGAUUACGGGUCAGCGAAGCCAGCGCGAGUCUCAUCCACUUCUGCAAAAUGACCAAAGACCUCCUCGUACCCUCGGUCUGGGGCCCCGUUGGCAAAUCCGACGACCCGUACGGAGCUCAGACGCAGACGUGCAAAUGCUCCAUCCAGUAAUGUCUGCACUCUAUACCAUAUCUCUCUGUAGGAACAGAUCAUGUACCACAUGUCUAUAGAACAUUGUAUCUCUGGGCUGUCAAGCCUUCAGCUUGUCCAAGAACGUGUUGACCCCAGUCUCGGGGAGAGCGCCGACAAACUUGUCAACGGCCUUCCCGUCACGGAAGGCAAUCACUGUGGGAAGUGCCCUGAUCUGGUGAAGGGGUUUGCAUCAGCAGGCAGGCGCUCUCAGUCAUGACUCUGAGCACGGCGAACUACGCACCUGAUGGCUGGAUGCGAGUCCGGGCCCGCCCUUUUCCUCGUUCUCGAUGUCGAUGGUAAGCAGGUCCACCUUUUCUCCUCCGGUACUGCAUGUCCAACGAAUAAGCUCGGGAGUCUCAGGGAUCAGAGGACAACGUACUCUGCAUAGAAGUCUACGAGAACGAGUCGAUCAUGGGUGCCGUCUAGUGCAACGCGUUUAAAGUCCUGCGGCAUUCACGCUUUAGGGCCAGGUUGCCGACAUAUCAGUUUGCAACUAACAGCACUGGUUGCGUUGAUGAUCUGUUCCCGUCUACACGCAGAAGAGCGGAACCCUGCACUCUUGACGAUAUUCCCCAGUCGCCCGGUCGACAGUAGUGCUACACGAGAUCGAAGAGGCAAGGAGUGGCGGAACAGUAGAGUUGCCAUGGAGAAGGAAUACGCGGCCUCGAAGAGUGGGAGAAGAGAAUGGAAUAGAUGACAGUGGGCCGUGGCACCAAUGAGAGUCCAAAGUAGAAAUGAUCCAUCUGCCGGUUGUCAUUCAAUCAAGGAUGUCUCGACCAUUUAUAUAACGGUUCAUCCACAUCAAACAUCCACCGCUUCCCUUUCGUUCUUCCCCAGAGGUCAUUUUGCAGCACCAGAGCAGCGCUCUCCCGACUUUCGUUAACUUCUUCGAUUUCACCAUCCAUUUUCGUCAAGUCUAUCAUGCGUUUCGUUCUUGCUGCCGCUGCUAUCGCGCCCCUUGCCGCCUAUGCCGCAGAUAACCUCGUCCUCGUUGGUGCAGGUGGUCUUGCGUUCAGCCCACCGAACAUCACAGUCGCGAACGGCGAUACUGUUACAUUCCAGUUCCAGGGCAAGAACCACUCCGUGACCCAGUCUACUUUCGCGAACCCAUGCUCCAUCAUGACCACUCCUACUGUCGGCAUCAGCUCUGGCUUCCAGGCCGUUGCUGCGACCGCGUCCCAGCUUCCAGAAUGGCAAAUCACGGUCAACAACUCUACGGGUCCCAUCUGGUUCUUCUGCGGUCCGUACCAACCCUGCGAACCACUGUGAGGCAGGAAUGGUGUUCAGCGUGAACGCCGACCCCAAUAGCGCAAAGAGCUUCGCUGCUUUCCAGGCCAAUGCUAAAGCGCUGGCCAAUUCUGGUGGAGGUGCUGCCGCUGCUCCGGCCGCUUCUGCAUCAGGUGCUAGUGCCAGUGCUCCAGCCGCCUCCGCAGGGGCCAGUGCUGGUACCGUAGCUGCCGUGAGCGCGGGUGCCAGUGCGGCCUCUGCCGCCGCCGUUGCAGUCAACAGUGCCGCUGGUCUGGUCGCUUCUGCAGCUGGCGGGUCUGCCGGCGCUGCUGCUACUGGUGCAGCCAACGCCCUGACCGCUGCGGCCAGCGCAUUGACGGCUGCCGUCCCUGCAUCAAGCGCGUCGGCCAAUUCGACGUCGACUGGUGCCGGUGUGCGUCUCAGCAGCAGCUCGAUGACGUUCCUCGCCGCUGCGGGUCUCGCUGCCGGUUUGCUUUUGUAAACGGGUGUUGGGUAGACAUCGAUGAUGCCCCACGGACUACAUACAUGGACGAUUCGCAUUAUUACAGCUCGAUUGGUGUAAGAAGUUGAUAUCAUCACGGACAAUGUACUGGUUUACAUACGCUGCAGUCUUUCUCUCGGGUUAUGCUUGUUG